AAGAAGUUGUAAGUUUGUAAGGUUAUACUGUUUUCGUAAAUGACAUAUCAAGUGUACAUACAACAGUUCCAAACAGUACCUAAUUCUCCAAUUAUAAAUAAACUUGUAAAAUUUGUAUAAUUGUUUCUUAAUGAAGCAAUUUUGUAUUGAUAACGAAUUGUGUUUUGACUUUUACUAAAAAACUUCUAUUUUCAUUAUUUUGUGUUUCGUCUAAGCGUAUAAAUUUAUUUGAUAAGUAUUAGUUAAAUAAAUAAAAUGUCUCAACAUCUGAUUAAUGAAAACAGUAAAUACAUACUCGAUUUAUUUUCCGAACAGACAGUCGAUUCGCAGGGCUUAGAUUCAAUAUGUGUUCAAGUUCAAAAAAAGUUCCCGAAGACCGAUCAUUUUAAUCUAAGUCUGCUCCUGUCAUCGCUGAUCACGGGCGGAGAUCUUUCACUCCCUGGGCAGCGUGUUGUUGCGCUGGCUCUUCUAUAUGACUUCUACAAGGGAGAAAACCCAUUCAGCCCAUUGUUCUUGCAUCUCCUAGAAGGGAAGCUGGGUCUUCUGCCUCUAGCUCCACAGGAGAGACUGUUUAUAGGACAGCUGCAUGGAUUCUUGCCUGUAAACAUUAAAGAUGUGAUGAAAAAAUCAGCAAAACAAGUAAUGAUGACAGAAGUAUCUCCUAAGGAACUGGAGUUUGAUUACUCACCGCUGCAGGCGAUUGUGGCCGAACGUUUGACCGACACCAGUGCUGUGGCCCGGGCUACUUGUUCUGCAUUGAUACCACUUAGUGAUGGGAGUCCACCGAACCGCCUUGCUUUGAAAGAACUGUUAGAAGCCUUGAUGAGUAAUGAGUAUCUCCCGCUGCACCGAACGCUAUCGGCCGCCGGACCCAUCCCACCACCCACAUUCCUCAUCGACACCAAUGAUGUGCCUUUUGCUGACGAGGGCGUUUGGAAGAAUUUAAUAAAUCGCGGCACGUAUAUACCGAUGUAUGACUCCGACUACGACGGACUGAUCGGCCUCCGACCUGAGAAGAUAGAUAGAAGAUCGCAGCCUAACCAACAGCACAAAGUCAAGGAGGAAAAAAAAGAGAAACAAGAAGAGAAAAAGGAAGAUAAAGAUCCUGUGUCAUUAGUGAGUGAAGCUAAAGAUUUGACCCAGAUCGCGCUCAGGGGAGCCCUCAGUGUACAGCAACAGCAAAGACUACUGGCACUGCUGGAUCAGGAACCUAACAUUGUCUACGAAAUAGGUGUUACACCUAACCAGCUACCGGACCUAGUCGAGAACAAUCCAAUGGUCGCCAUAUCGGUGCUUCUCAAACUGAUCCACUCUCAGCACAUCACGGAGUACUUCAGUGUCCUCGUCAACAUGGAAAUGUCGCUGCACUCCAUGGAGGUGGUCAACAGGUUAACGACCUCAGUGGAUUUGCCGGUGGAGUUCGUUCACCUCUACAUAAGCAAUUGUAUUUCGACGUGUGAGACAAUACGGGACAGAUACAUGCAAAACAGGCUCGUACGAUUGGUGUGUGUCUUCCUGCAGUCGCUGAUAAGGAACAAGAUCAUCAACGUGAAGGAGCUAUUCAUAGAAGUGGAAGCGUUCUGCGUUGAGUUCAGCCGGAUCCGAGAGGCCGCUGCGCUGUUUCGGCUCCUGAAGCAGCUGGACUCCGGCGAGGCUGCCCACAAGGACCCCAAGGAUAACUAGCGACGGCACAAGAGCAGGGUUUACUCGAACACGAAUAGGUAGCGCCGGCCUCACGUCUGGGACCCCAGCCAAACGGAGAGCUAACAGCUGACCGCACCGCUGUGACAUUGAAACUAUAACAGUUCCACCGGUGAUUACAAUUGUGAUGUGGCGUGUUAAACGUUCAAUAGUUUUGUGGAUUAAUUGUGUAAUAAGCAAUUGGAAGCUUGUACACUCUAAGACCUAUUUUCUAAAUUUGUGAAACUCGUGAUAUCUCUCGGGUAUAAGACAUUAGCCGGCAGCUGUGACAGCUAGUUUUGAACCUAACAACUAUUAUAGCAUCAACGAAAUAAUGUCCACUCUCACACAAAAAGGUAAUGCAGGCUCUACCAGGACCUACGUCUGUGAACAUAACCGAUACAAUGUUUAGUGCGUAUAAAGUUAUGGUAAAUAUCGAGUGUCUGUGAAAAUUGUGAUAGUAAUAAUAAUAAAGUAUUGAUUGUAAUAAUCAGAUUAGAAUACAGACAUUAUCCAGAUAUGCCGGAUAGAACAUUUGGAGUGAAGUAUUUCUGAUAUUUAAUUUUAUAAAGUAUUGAUUGUGUACUGGUCUAUGUAAAUGGAAAUAAAUGGAAUUGAAUACAUUUAAAUUGAUGUGACAUAAACAUUGUUUUGCCUUCGUCAGUUAAUACUAGGAAUAUUGUGUAGUUUUAGAUUUUGUUACGUUAUUUAGUGAUGUGUUCAUACUAUCUUGUUAAGUGUCUCAGACAGCAUCGGUUUUGUGUGUAACAUUCUGUGUCUGUUGUAAAAGGCGACUGAGUGAUUCACUAGAGAAUGGGCAGUAGUUCUAUCAGAGUUAAGUCAUGAAUCAUUUGAAUGUAUUACGUACUGAAGAGCGCAUCGAUCAUUGUACAAUUGUACAUACGGACCUCUUGUCUCAAGGUCGGUGGAGGCAUUCAAUUUAGCGCCCAUGUUAAAAAAUUAAAUUCGCCGUUUCGCAUUAAAAGUGUACAAUAUUCAAAAAUAUUCGAAAUUUAGUUAAUAUGCGUAAACAUUUGGUAUCACCAUUAUAUUUCUCGUAAAUACUGUUAAAAGAGCGUAGUUUAGUUAUACGUUUUUUUAGUUUACCUAUGGUUUGACUACUAUUAACAAAAUUAAUAUGUACAUGAAGUAUUCCAGGUGGUCUGUGUCACAAUUACGGCACAAUCGUAUUUAUAGUAAAAACCAAAACUAUAACUAUAACUUUUAGUCAAUAAUAAUUUGCGCAGGAGUUGCCGCCCCUUUCAACAUGUCCUCCGCCUGAAGAACAAUAGAUCAGAGCGUGGCCAUCUUGUGUCUUUACCACUUCGACAAAUAAGAUGCGCCGGCGACAUGUUGCAGGGGGCGUGGUUUAACUGGCUUUGCACACGGCACUCGGAUCACCUGAUGUGACGUAAAAUCUUAUGAUUUCUGUGCUGUGUUGAGAUGUGCGAGUUGACUUGCCCACUCGCCACAUACAUAAUUUUAUCUUACUUUAAAAGACAGAUAAUGUAACUGAUAAAAAAUAAAAGUUGCAAAUAUAAUUAAUAUUAAAAAGAUUAAACCUUUAAAACACUCUCCUGUAAAAUUAGUUUGAAGUUUUGAGAUUAUACAGUUUUAAUGCGAAAAGACGAUAUUUGUAUUAUUUUGUUAUAUUCUCUGCUAUACGCAUUGACUCGCCGCACUGAAUUACAGCAAUGUUUACCUACGUUUGCCGCUAGGGGCGCUGUUCCAACUGCAUACAAAUAUGAGUUAACUUUUACGCUGUCGAGAACGUUAAGAAACUCGCACUAAGCAUGUUAGCAGGGUGAUGCAAGUUUAGUACAAAUAACUAUGUUUGUAGCAAAUAAUUCAAAAUAAAAGUUCUAGAAUCUAGAUAGUAUAUUUAUUUGAUAAAUAUUAAUGCAUUCACAUCUAAAUCUAUUAUUCUGACGUUUUUUGUUAUAAAUAGACAUUAACAAUUUAGAUACGGCCCAUUUAGGCAAUUGUAAAAAGCUCUCUAUGAUCUUCAAGUACCUUUAAAUAGUGUUAAAGGGAAGUUUAACUGAAUCUGGAAUAUAGUUGGAUUCAUUAGGAUUUGAUUGAAAAAUACUAAACUCCAAUUUUUUCUAUGUAAAGAUAUUUUAUCGUGAACUAAAUAAAAAUUUAAAUCUAUAUAAUUGUAUAUUUUCUUACGGAACGUCACGGACGACAUUAAAAUUUUAAAACGUGUUUAAAUAAACUUAAAAGUUGAGUUCGCAAUUGUUGACCUCUUUAUGUGGAAUAUAAAAAACGAAUUAGUCAUCAGGCUUGUGGUAUCUGUUAUGAUAAUAGAUAUAAACUGAAGUAUGUAUUGCUAUCGUUCGAACAUGCGACAAUUGGACAAUGUUUUUUUACCGAUCUUAGAAAAGGUUUGGUUAAUUAAAACCUCCGUACAAUUCAUUGAAUGAACACUAUGGAGGGUAGAGGUAAGGAGAAACGUCUCUGGUGUGAAAAAGUGUCCGUUAAAAUCUGCUAAAUAAG